UCCAUAUAUAUAUUCUCUCUUUCUUCCUCUACCUCUCUCCUCAAAUUCCAUUUCUUUUGAUUUAAUUAAGAGGAGUGGAAUAACCAAGAAAGAUAUAGAAAAGAAACAGAGGAGGAGGAGAGAGAGAGAGAGAGAGAGAGAGAGAGAGAGAGAGAGAGAGAGGAGAGACAAAGCUUUUUUUUUUUUUAAAGAUAUAUAAAAAAUAUGAAGAGCAAAACCUCCUCUUCUGUUUCCAUUGUCAUCGUUUCUCAUCUCAGAUCUUAAUUUUCCUCCCAUUUUCUCAUCUGGGUCAUUUCCAAGAUGGAAUUUUGGGUUGUUUUCUGAUUGGUGCAUGAAGUCUUCAGAUGAUCCUAGAUUGGAUUUGACAAUUACCAACUCUGUCUCCGAUCAGAUUCUGUCUGUAAUUCAUAUCUAAAGAUAAGAUGGAAUCAGAUCUUGGUAAACUCUUCAUUGGUGGGAUAUCUUGGGACACUGAUGAGGAACGUCUCAAGGAGUAUUUCAGGAAAUAUGGAGAAGUGGUGGAAGCAAUGAUCAUGAGAGAUCGGUUUACUGGUCGUGCCCGUGGAUUCGGUUUCAUUGUCUUUGCUGAUCCUGCUGUUGCUGAGAGGGUAAUUAUGGAUAAGCAUAUGAUUGAUGGCCGCACGGUUGAGGCGAAGAAGGCUGUUCCUAGGGAUGAUCAAAACAUUUUAAACAGGAACAUGAGUAGCAUCACUGCGUCUCCAGUUCCUGGACGCACUAAAAAGAUUUUUGUUGGAGGUUUAGCCUCUUCGGUCACCGAGACUGACUUUAAGAACUACUUUGAUCAGUUUGGUACAAUUACAGAUGUUGUGGUGAUGUAUGAUCAUAAUACGCAAAGGCCAAGAGGGUUUGGUUUCAUCACUUAUGAUUCAGAGGAUGCGGUAGAUAGAGUUCUACAUAAAACAUUCCAUGAACUCAAAGGGAAAUUGGUUGAGGUCAAGAGGGCAGUUCCUAAAGAACUAUCUCCAGGCCCUGCCCGCAGCCCUGUGAUUGGAUAUAAUUAUGGUUUGAGUAGGACUGCCAACUUUCUCAAUAGUUAUGCUCAGGGAUAUAAUCUUAGCCCACUAGCCGACUUAGGAGUUAGGAUGGAUGGUAGGUUUAAUCCUCUUGCUUCUGGUCGAACUGGGUUUCCUCCAUUUAAUAACCCUGGCUAUGGAAUAGGUAUGGACAUGGAACCCGGAAUGAACCCAAACUUUGGCGGGAGUUCUAACUUUGGCAACAAUCUUGGAUAUGGACGGUUAAUUAGCCCCUAUUAUGGUGGGAUUUCAAACAGGUAUAAUACUCCUAUUGGCUAUGGUGUUGGAAGUGGAAGAAAUGAUUCUAAUUUAAGCUCUGGUACUCGGGAUAUCUGGGGAAAUGGAAGCCUUAGCAAUGCCACAAAUGCCGCCAGCCCUGGUGGGUUCUUGGGGACUGGAAGGGGGAGUUUUGGUCCUUUAGGAAAUAGUGGGGUUAAUUGGAGCCCUUCUCCUCCCAUUCAAAGUGGAGGAAAUGCCCCUGGCUAUACUGGUGGGACUGCUGGUUUUGGGAGUGCCGAUGACAACUAUGGUUUGGGUGGGGGAGGACAUGGAAGAAACGGUGGCACUGUCACAGCUCCAACAUCUUCUUUUGCUGGGCCAACCGUUAAUUUUAAGGGGUCCUAUGGGGAUCUUUACCGUAGUGGUUCAGUUUAUGGUGAUUCAACUUGGCAGUCCACAACUGCUGACUUGGAUGGUUCUAGCUCAUUCAGUUAUGGGAUUGGGAGUGUGUCCGUAGAUGGUACUGCAGGAUCCUCCGAGGAUUAUGUUGGAAGCUACGGUGUUGCUAGUAGACAGUCGAGUAGAGGUAAUAUUCUGUUUAAGCAGUCCUGAGACUCGAGACUCGAAUGCCAGCUUGCUGCAUGUGUUUAAUUAGUCUCUUUGGUUUCUUAUCCAGGAAUUGCUGCCUAGGGGGGGGGGGGGGACUGUGAUUUGGAUAUCAGAAGUCAUGAAGUAGGGUGAAUAAACAGGUGAAGGAUUUGUGAAUUCGAUAUACAACUGCCUUAUUACAAUGUCAGCUUACAAGGAAAUUGAUGUUAUAACACUAAUGAGGGAUAUUGAUUUGAGAGUGAGCAGUUACAAGGGGAGGUUUUGUGUAAGGUUUGAGAUUCGAUUUGUUUGUUUGUUUGUUUGUUUGUUUUGUUUAUGGUAAUAGUGAAAAUGUAGGUUGGUGAGUGAGGUGUACAAUCAGAUUGCGGGACAUAUACUCCGGGAGGCGUCUGCGGCAAAGGCGCGCCAGUAGUGGUACAUCAAACAAUAGGGUACUAAAUUUUUUUCUUUUUCCAUUUUUAUUUUGGGAAGCUGGUUCUUGUCCUGAUAAUUGUUGCCUAUCAUCUGGGAUUGUUUUGGUCUCAGAUUGUAAGGAGUUGUUUCAGUUCCAAUUUA